AUGCAAGUCCACCUCAUCAUCGUCUCGGGCCGCGCCGGCUCAGGCAAGUCGUCCACGGCGCAGGAAAUGUCGGAGCAGCUGAAGCGGCUCGAGAUUCGGCACGCGCACAUUGACGGCGACAAUCUCGACGCCAUGUUCCCCGCCGAGGGCGGCCCCGACAUGCUCCUCGCCAACCUGGCCGCGCUGUGGUCCAACUACUACCACCUGCGCGGCGUCGACCGCCUGAUCGUGUCGGGCACCGCCGCCGUGCUCGAGACGGAGCGCAUCACCCGCACCCUGCGCCGCGUCACCGCCUCCAUCCCCGCGCUGCCGCCGUCGCCGCCAAGUGGCGGCGGCUCGUCGUCGUCGCCCCCGAGGCUCGGCGGCAAGGAUGGCCGCAUGAUGCCCCCCGCAGCCGUCACCACCAGGGCCUUUAUCCUCCAGGUCCCGGACGCGCUGGCCGAGAAACGCCUGAAGCAGCGCGAGGUCGGCUCGGAGCUGCCCCAGCUGCUGGCCAGCAGCCGGCGCAUGGCCGGCGUGCUGGAGAGCCAGGUCGGCGGGUGGGCGCGGCGUGUGCCGACGGACCAGAGGGAGGUUAAAGAGGUGGCUCUGGAUAUCCUGCGCACGUCUGGCUGGAUAUGA